CAUGGCCAUGGACAAGGAAAGGCCACCUCUACCAAAUCUCCACAUCAGAACACCCACCCAUGUAUUUCCUAGUGGAAGAAUCACACUAGCGCUGAUGAUGCUCACAACAGGGUUAUUUCUCGUCCUCUCGACACUUCAUCCCGCGACUUUCUACCAGUAUCCUAUGCCAACAGAUAUCUCUCCUCAGGAGACGAAAAUCGGUUCUGAAGACAAAGUCUGCAAUCUGUUCAAUGGCACAUGGGUCAGGGAUUUCAGAGGCCCCAUUUACACCAACUUUACAUGCCCAACGAUGCCAGACUCAAAAAACUGCGGAAAGUAUGGAAAGCAAAUGGAUUAUGUAAACUGGAAGUGGGUGCCCCAUGGUUGUGACAUGGUAAGGUUUGAGCCUCAGCUGUUCUUGAAUAUUGUCCGAGGGAAGACUAUGGGGUUCGCUGCAGAUUCAAUUGGACGGAACCAGAUGGAGUCACUACUUUGUUUACUAUCUCAGGUGGAAACCCCAACCAAAGUUCAUAGUGACCUUAAAGAUAAAUUUGUCACAUGGCACUUCAAAUCCCACAAUUUUACACUCAUGGCACUGUGGACCAAAUUUCUUGUAGAAGCAUCAGAAAGAGAGAUCAAUGGCACAGAGGUUGAAAUGCAUGACAUACACCUGGACAAACUUGAUGUGAGAUUAGCUGCAAACUUACGUGAGAUCAAUGUUUUAGUCAUAUCGAGUUCCCAAUGGUUCUUCAGGAAGAAUUAUCUCUAUGAAGGUGGAAAACUCAUUGGAUGCAUAUACUGCUCAGAGGAUAACAUCACAAGCAUUGAUGUCACUACAGCUAUUCAGAGGGCGCUUAGAACGGCCCUCCGUAACUUGACCAACUGCCAAGAAUGUGGACUGCAGUUAACAUUAGUAACAACAAUAACACCAGCACACUUUGAAAAUGGUUUCUGGAAUACUGGAGGAUAUUGCAAUAGAACUGAACCAGUGGAAAAAGGAGAAGCAAUGACCAGGACAGUUGAGUGGGCAAUAAGAAAUGCGCAGGUUGAGGAAGCUAACAGAGCACAAAAUGAAAGAAGCCACAAGGGACAGAUGAACCUAGAGAUUCUAGAUAUUACCGAAGCUAUGUCUAUGAGAUCUGAUGCACACCCAGGGAUUCAUUGGAAUAACAAGUGGAUGAGGGGUUACAGUGACUGCAUCCAUUGGUGUUUGCCAGGACCGGUAGAUAUGUGGAACGAGCUAUUACUCUCUGUGCUUAACAAAUAUGGGAAAGAGUUGCAGAAUCAUCAAUGAUGCAAAAUGAUAAAUUGAAA